AUGGCAAACAUCCAAGCGCAACUCGCCGCUGAACUGCUCAACAGCAAAUCUCUCCCUGUCUCCCCGUCGUGGUUGAAUAACUUCCUUUCCUCAUCAGCAGCUUCACAACGCAAUAUCCCACCGUCCGCGUUGACUCGAACCGCUCUUUUUCGCCUCCUAGCUUCAGACUUCAGAACAUCACUGUCAUCACAAAAUCCAUCCUCUCUUCUCCCCGGGGACAUAUUUGAUCCAACCGUCCAAGAGAGGCGUCUUCAAGGCCCUAUUCCCCUACAAGUACUGGACAUUGAAGACAUCGGAAGUAGCAUAUGGAGUCAGGUCGAAGCGAUCGAGCGAGUGGAGCGCGGUGAAGCUAUUCGUGGCCGUGAGAUUGUGCGAACAGUCAACGUCGACGAAGCCAGCGAGGAGCGCGCCACAGGUACUGGUAACAGGGCUGCUAAUUCUGCGACAAACGAAUUGGGAAGCAAUAGUAAUGGGCCGCAUAGGCUGGUACUUCAGGACUCGGCAGGCACUCAAGCGAUAGCUAUUGAGCUAAAGCGUAUAGAAGGCAUUGGGUUGGGCAAACUUCCUAUCGGCGCAAAGUUGCUGUUGCGCAACGCAACAGUUGCUCGGGGUAUGGUCCUAUUGACGCCGGAGUCUGUAAGCCUUUUGGGAGGAAAGAUUGACCCCAUGGACCAGGCGUGGAGGGACGGUAGAAAGGCACAGUUGAUGGUUCGGAUUACAGGAAUGGAACGAUCUCAGGAAUCAUGA